UCUGCAGCUUUCUCUAAGAAGGGAACACUGAGCCUGAGUGCAGCGGGUUUCCCAUUUCCCAAGGAUUUUCAAGUUGGCUUUGGAUUUCAGACCAUGGCAUCGACUGGAACACUCUUAAAUUACAAUCUAUGGCCUAAUAUUCUUACCAUCUUUCUGACACCUGGCUUUGUAAUUGCAAAAAUGGGAGAGAAAGAAAUCAAAUUGGAAAAGAAAUACGAAGAUGGGUCAAUGCAUUACGUGACAGUCAAAAAAACAAACAACAUAGUACAUCUAUUAGUUGAUGAUAAGUCGGAACUGGCAUCAGUUGACUCUCCCAGAGCACGGGCAUUAAUAGAACCUAUAAAGUUUGGUGGAGAUGAUUUUGAAGGUUGCAUCUCAAACAUCUUUAUAAAAAGGGCAGGUCAGCUCCCUGAGGUUCAGAAUCUUGUUAAUUAUACUGCGAAGACUGGUGUGUCCCUUGGAGCUUGCCGUGAAUAUGAGAACCAUGAACCAAUGCUGCUGAAGGAAUUUAAAAAUCCUCUUAAGUUUAAGAUCCUCAAGGUACAGAAUGAAAAAUACCUUGGAUAUUUGAAAGCUGAUAAUGUGCAAACCCACACUUUACCAAAUCAGUUAAAUGUCAGCAAUGAAGCGUAUCUCUUUGGAAACAUCCCCAACAGUUUUAUAUCCUACAUGUUUUCUCCACUGUCAUCUACAGACAGGUUACAUUUUUCUGUAGAUGUACGGACUCGAUCAUCAAGAGGAUUAAUAGUUUUCAUGGAGGAAAAGUCUGAGGACUCUUAUAUGGCUCUCCACAUUUCAAAAGGACGUUUUGUCUUUUCACUUGGCUCUGGAGGAACACAAAUCAAACUCAAAACCAGUAUUAAAUACAAUGAUGGUCAAUGGCACACUGUUGUCUUCAGCAGAGAUGCGGAGAACAUCCGCCUUGUUGUUGAUGGUCUAAGGGCCCAGCACAGAAGAUUAGCAAUGAACUCUGCCAUCAGCAUUAAGCCACCAAUCUACGUGGGAGGACUGCCAUCACUAAAAACACAGAAUAUACCAAUGAACAGUUUCAAGGGUUGCCUGAAGAAUUUUAAGAUGAAUGGAGAAGUCAUGAAUGCACCUCAGCAGAAAAAUGGUGUACUUCCAUGUCUGGAUGUUCCCAUGGACACAGGGGUUUAUUUCUCUAAUGAAGGAGGAUAUAUCACCAUUGGCAAUUUGUUGAUGGGCUUGGAUUUUAGGAUUGUAUUUACCAUUCGACCAAGGAUUUCAACAGGUAUCCUUCUCCACGCUGGAAGCAAGCAAGACAACUACUUGACUAUUUACAUGAAAGAAGGAAAGGUCAUUGCUGCUGGAAAUAAUGGUGCUGGUGAAUUCCAGACAUCAGUCACACCUAAGCAACCUCUCUUUGAUGGGCAGUGGCAUACUAUUGCAGUCUCUCAGGAGGAGAGCACAGUGCAGCUAGAGGUGGGCACACAAAGUAACUAUACUACUGGACUUCCACUCUCUCCUCCUAGACGUGUGCAUCAGCCACUUUACUUUGGCAAAAUUCCAGCAAAUUUGGACACACCGUGGCUUCAAGUUAAAGACCCAUUUUUUGGCUGUCUUCGGAAUAUUAACAUCAAUAACAAACAUGUCUCCAUCAGGAGAAUUUCGGAGGUUCAUGGUGCUGUGAGUUUGCAUGGCUGCCCAGUGAAGUAACUUUGCUAUUCCGAUAGCUGUACACACCUCAGGCUGGGUCUGCUGAAGUACUGCAAGAAUUCAUGCAACAUGGGUUCUCCUUUUUCUGAUCACCAUGUCGCUGUCACCAGGCUGGUUAUUCAGAACAGUUGGUGAGCAAAUGCAUCCUCUGGAUGUAGACUGUGCCAAAGCAAAUGAAAAGUAUUUGCUUUGAUAAACUCCCUUUUCAAUGUUAUCAAUUUCCAUUGUGCUUUUUUGCAAUAUAUGCAGAAAAUAUAAUUGUAUAUACCCUACUGGGCCAAAUUCUGCUCUCCCCCACAACAGCAUCAACUUGAAUAACUCCAGUGUAUUAAUUUUGGUAAUUUGCCUUAAUGCUGGUCAUCGUGAGAGCAAAUUUGAUCCACUAAUAUAAAGAAUUUUAUAAAAAUAUAAAUGUCUUUGGAUUGAUGUUUAUACAGAAAUGUACAUUAAUGUUAAAAGUAAUAAUAAUAAUAUAAAUGGAGUUUGAAGCACUUUAAGGAGUGAAACUCUGGGAGUUUGUUACAAAGCUAGGAAUUCUGGGGCCAAAUAAAUGCUGU